AUGCUGGGCGCGGGUCGCGCGGGACUCGCGCGGAGCCUGCGGGUGGGCGCUCGCGCGUGGCCGGGCUGCUGCUGCUGGGGCCGCUCGGUGGGCGUGCUGCGCGCGGCGGCAGCGCCCGCGGUGCCCAGCGCCGGGGACAGACGCCCUCCCGCGGCCGGGCCGAGGCCACCCUGGCGGCACCUCAGCCUGUCGGCCGCGGCGGUGGUGGAGUCGGCGCCCCGCCCCCUGCAGCCCUACCUGCGCCUCAUGCGGCUGGACAAGCCCAUCGGAACCUGGCUGCUGUAUCUGCCAUGUACCUGGAGCAUUGGGCUGGCUGCUGAACCAGGUUGCCUUCCAGACUGGCACAUGUUAUCUCUCUUUGGCAUUGGAGCUGUUCUGAUGCGUGGAGCUGGCUGUACUAUUAAUGACAUGUGGGAUCAGGACUACGAUAAAAAGGUGACAAGAACAGCAAAUCGCCCUAUAGCUGCUGGAGACAUUUCAACUUUUCAGUCUUUCAUUUUUCUCGGGGGACAGCUGACCUUAGCUUUAGGUGUUCUUCUGUGUCUGAAUUACUACAGCAUCAUGCUGGGAGCAUCAUCCCUGCUUCUUGUUGUCACCUACCCACUGAUGAAAAGGAUCACCUACUGGCCUCAGCUCACCUUGGGGAUGACUUUUAAUUGGGGGACAUUACUUGGCUGGUCUGCUGUCAAGGGCUCCUGUGAUCCUUCAGUUUGCCUGCCUCUUUAUUUUUCUGGAAUUAUGUGGACCCUCAUAUAUGAUACUAUCUAUGCCCACCAGGACAAGAGGGACGAUGCUCUGAUCGGCCUGAAGUCCACGGCGCUGCUUUUCCGGGAGAACACCAAGCAAUGGCUGACUGGCUUCAGCAUGGCCAUGCUGGGCGCACUAGGCCUGGUGGGUUUGAACAGCGCCCAGACUGCACCAUACUAUGUUGCACUGGCUGCCACAGGCGCCCAUCUGGCUCACCAGAUUUACACUUUGGACAUCCACAGACCUGAGGAUUGUUGGGGAAAAUUUGCCUCCAACCGGACAGUAGGAAUCAUCUUGUUUUUAGGGAUCAUCCUUGGGAAUUUGUGGAAAGAAAAGACAAAUGAAACAAAGAAAAAUCAUGAAAAUUAGCAAGGUUUUCCCCUAGGA